GACAGAUAAUCAUGAUAUCAGCUGGUCUUGUUUAAUGUUUUGCGGCAUUUGGAACGUUUUUCAAUCUGUUAGGCAGAGUUCAUCAGAAAUGGCCAAAAUGGCGAAAUAGAUUGUCGUCCGCAAAUUAACUUGUUUACAAUACAAUGCAGCCGACUAUUGCAUCGUUCUUUCAAAAAGCAUCCUCGAGUAAUGGAAGCAAACCAAAAGAAGCUGAAGCAAAAGAGCCGAAGAAGCGCAAAGCUCGGGUAAUUUCAAGCGAUGAGGACGAUGAAGUUGUCCCGGCGUCCCCUCAUGUUUCCAAAACGAAACAUAGCAAGAAAUCAAAAACUGAAUGUAAUGGUUCAGGAACAUCGAAAACAUCGCCCACUUCCCCAAAGAAGUUAAAAUUGGACAAAUUGAAAUCGAAGUCACCUUCGAAGAAUCCAUCAACCGCUGUAAAACCAGUUGAUCCAAUGUCGUUGUUUGGUGGAGAAACAAAGCGCAUUGAAGCCAAGAAACCGCCAAAACCCAAAGAUCGGGCUUUACAAGAACUUGAGGAUGAUGACAUUGAUAAAAGUCUAAUGGAAAUCGAUUUGGAGGAAAGUGUGUUGGAAACUACCAAAGAGAAGAGCAAGAACGAUGCUAGUGAAAGGCCCCCAAAGAAGGAUAAAAACAAGGAGGAAAAACACACUCCCGAUCAUAAAAAAAUUAAAGAAGAAAAACGAACACCAACAGAGGUCAAGGUCAAGGAGGAAAAAACUCCAAGGAGCAAAAAACAUUCUUCUGCUGGUCAUGACGAUGAAAAACCAAAAUCAGCCAGAAAAUCGAGUGCUGAUUUGGAUUCAAGUAUUUUAACCGACGAAGAACGUCAUGAACGUAAGCGCAUGACAGCUAUUUUGUAUCAAAAAUAUAAAAAUCGUUCAUCUGUCAUUAACCACGGAUGUAAAGAGGUUCCUAAGGGCAAACCGAAUUGUUUGGCUGGAUUAACAUUCCUUGUAACCGGGGUAUUAGAAUCACUUGAGCGGGAUGAAGCAUGUUCCAUAAUUAAGGAGUAUAGUGGAAAGGUUAUGACCACUGUGGGUAAACGUUUAAAUUAUCUUAUAGCCGGUGAGGAUUCUGGUCCCAAAAAGCUUGCCCAGGCCGAUGAGUUUAAUGUCAAAAUCAUAACAGAAGAUGAUUUCCUUAAUCUCAUCAGAGAAAAAUCGGGCAUGAAAGUUGAAAAUGGUGGUCAUGAAGACAAUGAAAAACCUACCACAAGCCCCAAGAAAAAAGAAGAUGUUAAAAUCAAAAAAGAAAAGCACAGUACCCCUCCAGAAAAGAAACACAAAAUGGAAGAAAUCGAAAUUAAAAAGGAAAAAUUGGAAUCACCUCCAGAGAAGAAACCUAAAAAAGAAGAAUUGAACAACAACAAAGCUGAAACAAAAAUUAAAAAAGAAGUCCAAGAGGAAAAGCAGCAGAUUAAAUCAGUAAAGGAAGAAUUUCCCAGACCACCACCUGUUACAGAAGAUAUGAUGGCCUGGGUAGACAAAUAUAAACCAACAUCGGUCAAAGAGAUUAUUGGGCAACAGGGACCGGCCAGUAAUGUGGCAAAGCUAACAAAUUGGCUUUCUAAAUGGUACGUUAACCAUGAUGGGAAGAAAAAAUUACAAAAGCCAAAUCCAUGGGCCAAAAAUGAUGAUGGUAGUUUUUAUAAAGCCGCAUUACUCUCCGGUCCACCUGGAAUAGGAAAGACUACCACUGCAACAUUGGUAUGCAAGGAACUGGGAUUUGAUACUGUGGAAUUUAAUGCUUCGGACACCCGAAGCAAACGACUACUGAAAGAAGAAGUCUCCGAGCUGCUUUCGAAUAAAUCACUUUAUGGCUAUUUUUAUGGUAAUGCCCAGGCUGUUACCAAGAAGCAUGUUCUUAUUAUGGACGAAGUAGACGGCAUGGCUGGCAACGAAGAUCGUGGGGGUAUUCAAGAAUUAAUCGGACUCAUUAAAGAGUCCUCUGUUCCUAUUAUUUGUAUGUGUAACGAUCGCAACCAUCAGAAGAUGCGAUCGCUUGUUAACUAUUGUUAUGAUCUGCGUUUUAAUCGACCCCAAUUGAAACAAAUCAAGGGUCGAAUCUUAAGUAUUUGUGCCAAGGAGAAUAUUAAACUUGACUCCACUAAAUUAGAUGAGAUAAUAUCGGCAACUAACAAUGAUAUACGACAGUCUAUUAAUCACAUCUCAUUGCUUAGUGCGGGCAAGGAAUUGAAUUUAACUUCGGACAAAAAAUUGUCCAAAGAGGAAGAUAAAACAGCACAAAAGGAUUUGAAAAUGGGUCCCUGGGAUGUCGUUCGUAAAGUAUUUUCGGCGGAUGAACAUAAAACUAUGUCAUUUUACGACAAAUGUGAUCUUUUCUUCCACGAUUAUAGUCUGGCUCCAUUGUUUGUCCAACAGAAUUAUUUGAUUGUAAGUCCAGCCGGACCCAAAUCUGAAGUUAUAAGCAAAGUUGCCAACACAGCAGACUCCUUGAGUUUGGGAGACCUCGUAGAUAAGAAAAUUCGUUCCAACUCCGCCUGGGCCCUUUUGCCUACACAAGCGAUUUUCAGCUCAGUUUUGCCAGGAGAAUAUAUGAGCGGCCACUUCACGGGCCAAAUAAAUUUUCCCGGCUGGCUGGGAAAAAAUUCACGCUCGACCAAACGUAGCCGUUUGGCUCAAGAAAUUCACGAUCAUACGCGUGUAAAAACCUCUGGCUCACGUCUUUCCAUUCGUUUAGACUAUGCGCCCUUCUUAUUGAAUAAGAUUGUAAAACCUUUGGUAGACAAAGGUCAGGAGGGAGUUGAAGAAUCUCUGGAAACAUUGAAGGAAUAUCAUUUGCUUCGAGAAGAUAUUGAAAGUUUAAUCGAACUAAGUUCAUGGCCGGGUAAGAAGAGUCCAAUGGAUGCAGUAGAUGGAAAGGUUAAGGCUGCACUCACAAGAGCUUACAAUAAGGAGGUUCUGGCAUAUUCAUAUUCAGCAACAGCAGGUGUCAAGAAAAAACGUGCCGAGGCCUCAGAUGAUCUUGAUGCAUUGGGCGGCGGAAUGGAAGAGGGUGAAGAGGGAACAACCAAUGCCGCCGUCGAAUCCGAGGAUGAAAAUGAUGAUAACUUGGAAAACGAUGGUUUAAUUAAGGCGAAGAAGAAAAGUGCAUCUUCCACAAAGGCUUCUACGUCGAAAGGCUCAGCAGCCAAAAAAUCCACAACUACCAAACCGAAAGCAGCAGCCAAAUCGAAGAAAUAAUUUAUUUUGUAAUUGCAUGUUUGAAUUUUGUUGCAUUCUUGUGAUUAUUUUUGAUUGAAAUAUAUGUGUAUACAUUGAAUUGUGUAAAAUUCUCACAAAAAUCAAAAA